AUGGCUACAACACCGGUCGAUACUCGUACGCAACCGUUGACCAUGGAUGAGAUUCUGCCAUACAUCGGGGAAUUUGGAAAGUUUCAGAUUCUUCUAGAAGUUGCAUUUUGUGUUAUGGUGAUUCCAGGUUCAAUGCUCAUACUCGUCCCGUACUUUGCGCAAGACAGUCCUCCAUGGACAUGCGUUUCAAAUAGUACACUUUGCCGUCUUAAUGGAACGUUUGACUCUUAUAGCCGAUUCUAUCAAUACCGAUGCAAUAUGCCGAGGUCAGAAUGGGAAUUCACAAAGCCAAAAGAAUACUCAAUAGUCACACAGUUCGAUUUGCACUGCGACACUGAAGUAUACAGUUACUUGGCCACAUCUUCAGUUUUUAUCAGCUGGGCGUUUGGAGGAGUCAUUCUUGGUUGGGCGUCAGAUAGGUAUGGUAGAAGGAUUAUAAUGCUGACAUCGACAACUUUUGUCCUUUUGUCUGGGUUCAUCAGCUCGUUCUCUCCAAAUAUUUGGUUCUACAUUUUUGCACGAGCAGUGUUUGGGUUCUUCACACCUGGAACUUUUAUACAGUCAAUCGUUCUAAUUUCAGAAUUUGUAGGCCCAAAAUGGCGUCCAUUUGCGGGUAUAGCAAUUUGGAUAUUAUAUGCAGUAGGCGUUGUCCUCCUUGGUGUUAUAGCCAUCUUCGUUCAGACGUGGAAAACACUGAUGAUAGUCAUCACAGCUCCAUAUUUUUUCAUUUUGCUGUUUUUCUUGGCCAUUCCCGAAUCAGCUAGAUGGCUUCACGUAAAUGGUAGAAAUGACGAGGCUUUUGCAAUCUUUCGAAAGAUCGCUAAGUGUAAUGGAAAGGAGCUACCAGAAAUUCAACUGAAGAAGAUUGAAGAGGACUGUUCCACCGGAAUAAAACAUUAUCUUCACCUAUUCAAGCCUGCAAAAAUCGCAAGAAGGAGCUUGAUCCAAGGAUAUGCAUGGAUGGUGUGUGGCUUGGUGUUCUUUGGAGUUUCAUUUGGCGCCGGUGACUUAAGCGGCCACAUACUCAGGGACUACAUCAUUACCAGCUUAUUUGACAUACCGGCUGCUGUUCUUGCAAUAUACCUUUGCAACAAAAUUGGAAGAAAGAAGACAGUGAUUAUUCCCAUGUUUAUUGCCGGGAUAUCCUGCAUCGCUGUAUCCUUGAUUCCAAAAAAGUCAGGGAGCAAACCAUCGGAACUUGUUAGUCUUCGAGUUUUCUUUGGAGUGCUUGGAAGGUUUUGCAUCGCGUUGUCGCAUGAUUCCAUUUUCAUAUGGUCGACCGAAAUGUACCCGACUUGCGUAAGGUAUGGUAGAAGAAUCAAUAUGCUGAUAUCGACAACUUUUAUCCUUUUGUUUGGGUUCAUCAGCUCGUUCUCUCCAAGUAUUUGGUUCUACAUUUUUGCACGAGCAGUGUUUGGGUUCUUCAUACCAGGAACUUUUAUACAGUCAAUCGUUCUAAUUUCAGAAUUUGUAGGCCCAAAAUGGCGUCCAUUUGCGGGUAUAGCAAUUUGGCUAAUAUCUGCAGUAAGCGUUGUCAUCCUUGGUGUUAUAGCCAUCUUCGUUCAGACGUGGAAAACAUUGAUGAUAGUCAUCACAGCUCCAUAUUUUUUCAUCUUGCUGUUUUUCUUGGCCAUUCCCGAAUCAGCUAGAUGGCUUCACGUGAAUGGAAGAAAUGACGAGGCUCUUGCAAUCUUUCGAAAGAUCGCUAAGUGUAAUGGAAAAGAGCCACCAGAAGUUCAACUAAAGAAGAUUGAAGACAACUGUUCCAGCGGAAUAAAACAUUAUCUUCACCUAUUCAAGCCUGCAAAAAUCGCAGUAAGGAGCUUACUCCAAGGAUAUACAUGGUGUGUAAAUACUUGUUUGUGAUUCUACAAGAUAGAGUGGAGUCGUUGGUAGAUACAAUAGCUGUUGACAGAUGGUGAUUGAUGAUGGGGUUUGUCACUAAUUACCAGAGAGAGACAGACACAGUUUAGCCAACUUUACAAAACGUGAAGGAAGAUUUCAGUGCGUGUCAAUUCUUUUGAAAUGUGGAAAAGUUUGUUAGUUAGCCAAUUAGCUAAGGGUUCUUGUGUGAUUGUGUACGUGAAGAAGAAGUAACUCACCACUGCAGUUUUGCUGCAAAUU